AUGUGGCCUAAGACCAAGGGAAUAGUGUCCAGACAACACAUCACCCGAUGGCCAGUCAUUACCGCCGAUGACCACAACCAGAGGUGUCGGCCAUCGAGUGGUGCGAAAGUGUGCGCUCAAGAGUGCGCUCAAGNAUCACUCGUUAUGACAGACAACACAUCACCCGAUGGCCAGUCAUUACCGCCGAUGACCACAACCAGAGGUGUCGGCCAUCGAGUGGUGCGAAAGUGUGCGCUCAAGAGUGCGCUCAAGAGCUCAUCCAAAGCGUCCACUUCUUCGGCGUCUGAACUGAAGAAGUGGUCAUUCAGUGAGACGUCGGCUCUGAUGGCCAUUUGGUCCACAACUGACUCCACGGCCUUCACUACCAAACGACUGCUUCACCGACACAUCCAGUCGUGUCUUCAGACUAAGGGUUAUCUCAGAAAUACGGAUCAAAUCCGGUGUAAACUCCAGAGACUUCGGGCCAACACAAGCUUUACUCAAUCGACCACUUCUUCGCCUCCGCCACAGACGUCGACCUCUGCCUCGAAGUCCACGACUUGUGAUCAACCGAUAAGUGAUGGCAAAGAUGUGGCCGACAAUGACAGCCAAUCCUACGAUAGCUUUACCACAACUGAUGAGGACUCGGAGUACGACAUCGGAUACGAGAUUCAACUGACGGACAACGAGUCCGACGACUCACUCGACCAGUGCUUCAAAGCGCCGAUACGUGUGGCCAACGAUCCCACUCUAAGGCACACGACUGAAGCCAUAGAGAAGACACCACAACAGAGAGUCUUCGACGGCAUCUCUGAGGCGACACAUGAACUGAAAGACAAUAUCGACGCCAUUAUCAGUGCUCCCAAAGAGUUGAAAAAGUCGUUCAAUAGAUUGGCCGAAGAGUUGACACGACUUACGGAUCAUAUCGUGACCGGAAUGGACGCCAACGACGACCAGUUGAACGACAAAUACAAUAAAUUUAUGGCAAAUCCGAGCCAUUGGUCGCCAUCGGAGCCGAAGAUCGGGAAACUUGUUUUGCCGGACAUUAAUAAACAGUUUUGUGACAAUUGAUGUGAUUGUGUAGAAGACACGCAACACUUAGUGUCCAUUAUCUGUGAUUUAGUGCUAAAAUGUGUACAAAACAAGACAUUCUGGAAGUGAUUAUUCAACGCAUUUGUGACACUGUUUUUGGUGGCAAUGAUUGUUGUAUUGAGUGAUCAAUUGGUAGAGACUAUAGAUAUGCGGU